GCGGUUGUGCAUCACGUGUGACGGACUGCGGAACGUUUUUCCGUUUUUCCUGAUCUUUGGACUUUUUAUGGAGUGGACCGGAUGUCUCAUAAAUUUUGGCCUUACUGGCACUCGCAUAAAGAGAUGGAUCGAAGCCGUUCCACGCAAGACCUGGUGCGCUGCUCCUCGAACAACUACUUCGCACCCUAUGUAGUGGGGUUGCUCAACAAAUCCAGCUGCUACAUUCAUCCUGGCUAUGUCCACCGCAACCUGGGAACGGCGUCAUUCGGUACUGGUUACUUUGUGCAGGAAAACAACCAGCCGGUGUACGAACUCAGAGAAUAUUACUUCCUCGUGGGCGGCGACGUUUCCUUUCGCCCGUUCAUGCAAGUUGCGGAAAAUCUGCGGUUCAAAGUUGGCUGUACCAAACAAAAUAGACCCAUUUACAUCGGCACUAUGGCCAUCAAUGGCCAGGAACUGAGCGGACCGGUGAUAGAUGGAACCUGCUUCACUAAUUACAAUGGAGCAGUCUAUUUUGAUAAAUACAACUACAAGAUCUUGGCCUUGAAUGAAGGAUGAACAAACCCUGAUUUUUUUUUUGAAAUGAAAUGAGUGAGAUUAAAAUAAAAUAAAAUUAGGGU